UCACAGAGAAGAUGUGCAUACGUUCGUACCCUCUACAGUGACUUUGACUGUCGGGCAGUAUGGAUCGAGUCGCCAGUCUGGGCCAUAUUCAACACCGCCGGCAGACGGGAAAACAAACACCAUAUCACCUGCAAAUUGAGUCGUGCAUGACUUGAUACACUCACAUAUAUAUUAUGUCUGUGUGCUCAGGGAGUUGCGUACCAGGAUGAUGUCUGAGCAUGAUGCCGAUGACCUUUCCGAGUCCACCGGCAUUGACAGAGACGCCCUUGUCGGGGAUUUGGUGUUCUGCGUAUGUAUGUGUGUGUGCCAUGUGCAUGUCUACGUAUGCGUAUGUGUUAAUAUGAGAAUAUGAUACAGUGCAUAUGCUCUAUACUGACCUAUGCCGCUGAUGAAUAUAUUGUAGCGAGUGACUGGCGGCGGAAGCGAAGACGGACGAGCAGCUGACAGCAUCCAGAAAACACCCAAAGAUGUGAAAUCCAUAGAGAUACGUAGGGUCUCUCGGUUCACAUCUCUCGACAGGGCCGGACACGACAACGACGUUUGCCAUUCUGCGGCAGUGGGCGACAAGCAAGACCACCAUGGGGAUCAGCAGGUGGAAACAGAAGCUGCCAGUGAGAAAAAUUCACAUGUUGAAAAUUUUCACAUGCUGCCGUUCAGGCACACAUGCAGAUAUAUCAAUCGCUCACAGCGUCAUGACUCCUGUGUUGGACAUGACGCUGGUCGACAAGUAGGCAGCAGACGUGUGCAGAAUUACAGCCGACUCCUCGGGCACAGUCAUGUCUGUGUAAACCCACAUAGGUGUUAGUGAGGGUGGGCGUCUUUCCGUGUCGCACCUUUGAUCCGUCCCUGCACGUCGACAUAGACAAGCGCGUAGGCCUUUCCGCAGCCGCGGGAGCCCCAACGAGCUAGCGCCAGAUUGCAGUACACUCCCUGUUCACAAGACAGAUAUAUGCGUAGAUAUAAUGUAGAUACGUGAUUAUGCUGGUAUGUGUGCGUACGCACUGGUGGAAGCUGGGUAUCGAAGUUGUAGCGCAUUGCCGCUUCCUGCCCGAAAUUGACCACUAGCCACCUGAACACCAUGUUCAUACGUUCUCACGAAUACCCCGCAUGUGUACUCUGGAUGAUAACGAACCCCUUGUUCCACGGCGGCUGGUCAUUGCCGCGACCAAAUGACAGAAGGUUCUGUGCGGACAUGUAUCCAUGUAGAGGUAUGUACUGAUGGAUACGUGUGUGCAAACCUUUUCAACGCCGGGCCUCCCGUGUUUCGGAUGCAGAGGCAUGUACUGGUUCACGUUGUGCAACGACACAUGGUCCCUAAGCUCGGCACGCCAACCUACAUGUGUGAAGACGGAGACGUACACGGCCAUUGUCAUAUGUAGAGACACACAAAGAAUGUAAGCAUAUACCUGCCAUGUUCCCGAUCAUGGGUAGCUUGUGCUCGCAGUUGAAGUGAAGCCCAUCGUCGUGAAAAGUAGGUGUCAUGUCCCAGCCACGCAAACGAGAACUAACACACAGUCCAGGCACGUGAAUCAGCCAUGUCUUAAUGUGAAGCAAACCGUAUGUCCUGCCACUUGAGUGGAUUGCCCCCGGUGUCGAUUUCAUCAUAAUCCAUGCAGGUGACCCUCUGUGUACCGCCCACAUCAGUCCUGUAGACACAUACAAUACAAAUGCUCAGCACCACAUUUGUAUUCGAUGCGCACCUGGGUGGUCCGACCCAGCCAUGCGUCUCUUCUAUGCGCCCAUCUGGUAGGCGAAUAUAUUGGCGGGACCACUCGUAGGAAGACAGCACUCUGUGUUCGAAGGCAUGUACACCCCGUGUAUGUGAAGUGGAUUCUCCGUGUACGUCAGUGUGCGCACCGUGGUGUGCCGUAGGGCAUAGCAAGAGUGAAGACAUUAGCGAGGGCCCACAGAUUGGGGUGAUUGUAGCUUGUAAGCGCGUCAAGCUGAGCGUAUGUACUUGACCUGUCUGCAUCCACUCUCCGUGUACAAGCAUCGGUACACCCACCUCACAUGCGUCCAGAAGCGUGAUAUUUUCAUGCUUUUUCCGCUGAAUUUGCGAAUCGCCGAAAUCUGCGUAUGCACGAAUACAUGUCAGGGCACGCGUACACGUGUAUAUUUGCAUGGCUGAGCCGAUACACCUGUGUCAGCUGAUUCUCUGAGUGUCAUUUUCGACAGCCUAGUUGAUGAAAGGUCAGAGAAAGCGAUGCCUGAACGUGCAUAGCUGAGAACGCACGCGUUUGAGACUCAUGUGCGUGUCUACCCAGGUGUAUUCGGCUGGAUAUUUCUGGACUGGCACUGGCCUUGCCUAGCCGAAGCUGCACGCAUACACAUACCCGUAAUUCUGCAUACGUGUGCAUAUUGUGUGGCUUCACCAUACGUACGGAUCACGCAAUAUGCCAUACCUCGGCGUUCGGCAACUUGCACGCGAUUGGUGGCCUAUGCAUGAACUGGAGUCUCUCGUUGUCAUGGUUUGUCACGAAAAGCAAAGCACUGUCGUACGCCAGGAAGUUCGCACGACCUGCAUCGCUCACGUCGAGGGCAUGAAUGGAAUGAAUACAGGAGAAUGAUCGUAUGUCUGUGUGGGCGUAUGCGCACGGACCGGAGAAAGGGAGCAUGGCUGGCGGCGACAAGUACUGUGGCAGAUACUUCAGUGGUGGGCACUCCGACGGAUGCUGGCCCUGUGUGUAGCGUCGUCGUACAAAUAUUAUUAACAGAGGUUCAGUGUGUAUAUGGGUGUGUAUGCAAACCUGUGCCAACCGGGUCCUAUGACACAGUGUCAGCCCCGUAAUGCGCUCACUCCAGUCGAAGAAGGUCACUUGACCCAGACGCGAAUAGUCAGUAUAACGGAGACCGGCCUAAUGUAUACGGUCACAGACAAAUGAGGACGCCUCACACAUGUGUGCGCACCUUCGGCCGUGGAUCUGACACUUCUAGCAGCAGCCUUGGUCGCGCCUUGUCGGUGCAUGGGGGAAAUGACACCCCAGCCGAGGUACGUGCCACAAUGUCGGCUGUCGUGCAUGUGCCAGUGGAACGGAUCCCUACAUGUUUUUACGUCUUUGAAUGGGCAUACCUCUGACCACUGGUGCUUUUAGUGUGCAGUCAUUGAGACCGAAGAGCUCUUCCAAAUCUUCAUCCCACAUGUGCUUGGCUGAAACACAGUCAGACGCAGACGUGCGUUUGCAAAAUAUAUACACACACGUACGGACCUGCGUCAACACGGAAGCCGCUGAUACCGAGCUCAAGCAGUUCUCGAAUGACCCUGCGUUGCAGCGAUCGCACCUGCACGCAAGAUCUGAAAUUGUGACGUGCUAAAUGUACACACAUGCGUCAGUGUACAUUGGGAGAGGCGGUCUUCAGGUCCGGAAGCCCCAACAGGCUGACACAGCAUCGCACCAGAAACGUUGUGUCCUCGCAUCCAAUUGCGCGCGUGCAACAAUUGCCUGCAGUCUUUGAUCUUGACGGGAUCGAUGUCACUCGGAGGAAUGUAGUCCAUGCUGUGUGUUUACAGACGUGCACACACAGCUGUGUGCGCGCGCAGCCAUACACACGUAUGUCAUGCAGCAAAAUACGAACCUGCAGUCAUGAAAGUCGUUUCCGGUCAGAUUGAGGUCAGGAUAAGACAGCAAAGGGGAGCAUGUCCGGGCCUGUACACACACGGCAGAAUACAUGUGAAAAAUACGCAUCUGCAUAUGCCCGCGCCUUCGGAUCGUAUAUCUUCUGUUCCGGCCUGCAUGGGACAAUCCGGAAAUGAUCGGCAGCAUCCGUAUCGCAACAUUGAAACGCUGCCAGGUUGUUCAGCACAACGUCAGCUAUUAUCUGCAAGUAUACACAAGUGUACGUACACUUGUACGCAGCCACAUGUAUGUGUACCUGAAUGCCCACAUCAGCGCACUUCUCUACAGCCCUUCUGAGCGCCUCCACAUCGCCACUCCGGGACGUGAGAUUGUAAGAUAUUGGCUGGUACCUUUCCCACCUACAGACAUGCAAGAAACAAGAACACACACGUACCAUGCAUAAGUCUGACAACUACAUCAGAUACCAUGGGUAGCUGAUGGUCUCGCCAGUGGCCGACGCGAUUCCCUCGAGAGGCGGCAACGAGCGAUGACUGUGCACCGGAGACACCUGAACAGGUAAUAGUGGGACACGUCUUCGAAGAGAAGACUAUUACCUGGACGGCCUUCCACCCAUCUGUGGCAAGCCCAGGGCACUCGGUGGCUAUGUCGUCAUAGGGCCACUCAAACAGUUGCAGCACAGCCCCUUCCCAGUAACAAAAGACAGGAAAGACACAUACGUGAAACAGCACCAAUUGUAAGAGCAGCAACAGGGCCUCCAUGUUCUUCUUAGACGAACCCGUAUGGAAAAAACAGGGAAUCGGGAAAAGACGGUUUAUUUCCAU